AUGGAGCAGGCCAUGCUCAACGUCGACCUUGAAGCCAAAGCCGACGAGUUGUCUGGUCGGCAACCGUCCUGGAAGCCGGCCAACACCCUGAGAAACCUGCCCAACAGCCCGGGGCUUUCAAACGUCAAGUCAUGGCUGUGUGCUUGGUCGAGGACAAGGCAUUGGCCCAAGAGCCAGCACAAAACCGCCCAUCUCGACGGCUUGCGAGGCUUCGCAGCUCUCAUGGUGUACUGGCAUCACCACGUACUAUGGGCUCACAGGGAAGAGAUCGAGAUAUUCGAGAAUGGCUUUGGAUAUCAUCACCAGUACUACUUUGCCGCUCUGCCAGGCGUCCGGCUCUUCUUUUCUGGAGGGCACUUGGCCGUGUCUAUAUUUUUCGUGUUGUCUGGGUACGUUCUCUCUAUAAAGCCGUUACGCCUUAUUGAAAAGAAUGAUACUUUUGGCCUGGCCGAGCAUCUUGGGUCGGCAAUAUUCAGGCGCUGGCUGCGUCUAUUCCUCCCUGUCGCAGCCACCACCUUUAUGUAUGCAACUUCCUUGCAUUUCUUUGGCCUCUGGGUGGACGGGGCAGAGCCCCAUGAUAACUGGCUGCACGAGAUGUGGUUCUUUUACUGCGAGCUUAAAAAUUUCAGCUUCCCCUUCAAGGACGGUGGUGUGCCGUGGCUAUCCUACAACGUUCAUCUCUGGUCCAUCCCAGUUGAAUUCAAGGGAUCUAUGGUUGUCUUUACCUCCCUUUUGGCCAUGUCACGAUGCUCUCUCAAUGCCCGCCUCUGGUGCCAGAUUUCCCUCAUUGGCUACUUUAUGUACAUUGCUGAUGGGUGGUAUUGCGCAAUGUUCGUUGCCGGCAUGCUGCUAAGUCACUUGGAUCUGCUCGCAGAAGUAGACAAGGACAACCUUCCAUCUCUGCUUACUCGAUUGACUCCCUAUAAGAAAAUUAUCUGCUAUCAUUUCCUAGCAGUGGGAAUCUACCUAGGGGGCGUCCCAAGCGCGAACUACGACUUGGAUCAGCUUGCCCAUACCCGCGGCUGGCAUAUCCUCUCCUAUCUCAAGCCGCAGGCUGUCUUCGAUUACAAGUGGUUUUAUCUGUUUUGGGCCGCGGUUUUACUCAUCACUUCAGUUUCGAAUAUUGGCUGGCUUAAACACUUUUUCGAAACCCAUACCAGUCAGUACCUAGGACGCGUGUCCUAUGCGCUAUAUUUAGUCCAUGGGCCAGUGCUAUGGAUCAUAGGGGAUCGUCUAUACACGGCCGUCGGCUUUAAAGGCCAGAGCCAGAAGGAACACAUCCCGCAAUGGGUGGAUAAGUUUGAGUUGCCGCAGAUAGGGCCUUUUGGGCUUGAGGUUGCGUUUCUCUUGUCACAAGCCAUUCUACUGCCUUUAACCCUAUGUACGGCAGAUUUUGUGACGCGGGUGAUAGACAAGCCUAGCGUUCAAUUUGCAGCGUGGGCGUACAGGAAAACUCUGCCUGGCGUGGCAGGAAAGCUCUCCAAUGCUUAG